GGAGAGGCGUACUCCAUGUUUCUUGGUGCCUGGAAACUCUCCCCGAGUAGUACUUCUGUGCGUUUUCUCAACUUGAAACAUAACGCUGGUGUCGGAGGAGUCCGGGGCUCCCCAUCUGUUUGUUACAAGCCUACCAGCCCAGCCCAGAUACUGGAAGACACUGGCUUUCUUUACCCGGAUCACCAGUUUGCAGGCAGGCAUGAAGUUUCUCCAUUAACAGCUGAAGCAAUCAGUGGUGCUAAAGAGAAAGCUGCUGAGGAGCCGCUCUGCACCCUGCACCCUCCCAAUUUCCUCCGGCUCUCAGAGGUGGAGAUGCGAGGGUCGGAGGAGGCGGCUGCGGGCACGGUACUGCAGCGCCUGAUCCAGGAGCAGCUGAGGUAUGGCAACCCCAGCGAGAACAUGAACCUGCUGGCAAUUCAGCACCAGGCCACGGGGAGCGCAGGGCCCUCCAACAGCACUACCAGCACUCUCUCUUCCACAGAAAACCUCGCACAAGAAGAGCCACAAAUGCUCCAGCAGUCGGCCCGCCAGGAACCUCAGGGGCAGGAGCACCAGGGGGACAAUACGGUGAUGGAGAAGCAGGCGCGGGCCGCGCAGCCCCAGCAGAACAACGAAGAGCUGCCCACCUACGAGGAGGCCAAGGCCCAGUCCCAGUUUUUCCGAGGCCAGCAGCCAGGAGCGGUUGGCCCAGGCUUUUACGUCGCUGGCGCGUCCAGUCAGAAGUCCAGGACUGAAGGGAGAGCGACGGUGAACCGGACCAACAGCGGGCAAGCGCAUAAGGACGAAGCGCUGAAGGAGCUCAAACAGGGUCACGUCCGCUCGCUCAGCGAGAGGAUAAUGCAGCUCUCGCUGGAGAGAAACGGUGCUAAGCAACACCCGCCUACCUCAGGGAGCAGCAAAGGGUUCAAAGCGGCAGCGCCGCCGCCACCGCCGGCCCCGGCGCCUGCAAAGGGCAUGGACCCGCGCGGCCCGCCGCCCGAGUACCCCUACAAAGCCAAGCAGGCGGUGGCCCCCGUCAGCAAGGCCCCCGAGCAUGGGCUCUUCUUCGGUGACCAGCAUGCGACAAUGGUGCAGGAUGUUCUCAAACCCUCCUACCCGGCUCCUCAGCCGGCCCGGACCGAAGUCGCCGUCGUUAGAUACCAGCCACCCCCCGAGUACGGGGUCACCAGCCGACAAUGCCAACCACCUUUCCUGUCGGCGCCAGCGCAGCAGCACAGCCCCAUGUCCUCACAGGCCUCCUCUGCCACCGGCCCCCUGCUCUCAGGCGCGUUGCCCCCACUUCCGGCUCCCGUCGCUGCCCCCCAGCCCGCGCCGGGCACGCCACCGGGCCAGCAGCUGACGCCAGACGCCUUCGCCAUCGUGGAGCGAGCACAGCAGAUGGUGGAGAUGCUCUCUGAGGAGAACCACGUGCUACGGCAGGAGCUGGAGGGCUACUAUGAGAAGGCGGAUAAACUGCAGAAGUUUGAAAUAGAGAUUCAGAGGAUUUCGGAAGCUUAUGAGGGCCUGGUGAAGACCACUACUAAGAGGGAGUCUCUGGACAAAGCUAUGAGAAACAAACUCGAAGGAGAAAUUAGGCGUCUCCACGAUUUCAACAGGGAUCUCCGCGAACGACUGGAGACUGCCAAUAGGCAGCUAGCCAGCAGGGAGUUUGAUGGGCACGAAGAUAAGUCAACAGAGGGCCUUUAUGUCACUCAGAACAAAGAGCAUUUGAAGGAGAAGGAGAAGUUAGAGAUGGAGUUGGCUGCCAUGCGCUCUGCUAACGAGGAUCAGCGGAGGCACAUCGAAAUCCUGGACCAGGCCCUAAACAACGCUCAAGCCAAGGUCAUCAAACUGGAAGAGGAGCUCCGCAAGAAGCAGGCCUACGUGGAGAAGGUGGAGAAGCUGCAGCAGGCCCUGACGCAGCUGCAGGCAGCCUGUGAGAAGAGGGAGCAGAUGGAGCGCCGGCUGCGCACGCGGCUUGAGCGGGAGCUGGAUUCGCUGAGGAUGCAGCAGAGGCAGGGCAGCUACCAGACAGCCAGCCUCCCUGAGCACAAUGCGCCGGCCCUGAUGGAGCUAGUGCGGGAAAAGGAGGAAAGGAUUCUGGCGCUGGAAGCGGACAUGACCAAGUGGGAGCAGAAGUAUCUGGAGGAGAGUACGAUCAGGCACUUUGCCAUGAAUGCUGCAACCACAGCUGCAACCGAGAGGGACACCUUGGCCCCGACACACUCACGGAGCGGCAGCUACAGCGAGGGCGCACUGGAGGCGCGCGUCUGGCAGGAGGAAGAGGAGGUCGUGCAAGCUCACCGCCGCUGCCAGGACAUGGAGUACACAAUAAAGAAUCUCCAUGCGAAAAUAAUUGAGAAAGAUGCCAUGAUCAAGGUCCUUCAGCAGCGGUCCCGGAAGGAUCCUGGGAAAAGCGACAGUGUGAGCUUGCGACCGGCUCGGUCGGUCCCGUCCAUCGCGGCUGCCGCGGGCGCGCACUCGCGCCAGACCUCGCUCACCAGCAACCAGAUAGCGGAGGAGAAGAAGGAAGAGAAGAUGUGGAAGGGAAGCAUAGGGGCCGCCGGCGAGAAAGACAACUGCAAUCACGGGAAGCCACCUGACAACAAGGGCAGAGUGAGCAGUUUAGUCCACAAGCCUGAGUUCCCUGACGCAGACAUGAUGGAAGUCCUCAUCUGAGCAAAGGAUGGUAUCUCUGGGGGUUUGUGUGCAUACAUUUCAGUUCCGAGGAGGUCAUCAGUGUGCCAACCUUAAAAACUAAUUGGAAGACUUUGAAGAAAGAUGGAGAAAGUUUGUGCCUGAAAAGAAGCUUGAGUCUGGUGUGCUGUGACUUUGCACCAGGCGAGAAGGAAAGACAGCUGAAAAUGAAAGAUGAAAUGAAUGUCUGGGAUUUUCUGAGAAGAAAAGAGCAUUGAAAAAGGAAUGUGGCUUGGGAAGGUGACUAUCAAGGAAAAAAAGAAACUGUUUUCUGGUGUAAAGAGAAGGUAGCUAAGUUUUAGAGUGGGUGCACAGUGCGGUUCUGUUUUAAUGUCUAGCUACAACCAAGGGAGAGAAAUCCUGAGUCUUUUGAGACCAAAUGGAAGUUUAUGAGUAACCCAGGAUAAGUUUACAUCUUCCUUAGAAUUGAUUCAUUUCUCAAAAGUAUUCACUGCCUGAUUUUAGUGAAUAAUUGGUCUGUAGAUGUACACAGCAAGUUCUUGUAAUUAUUUGUUUGAAGUGGUGUGGUGUGGUUUUCCUGGGACAUGCAGGUCAGGUGUCUCUUUCCUGGCUGGACAAGUGUUACUCUUGGAGCUGGAUUUGCAGUGGAAAUAUUCCUGUCAUGCAAACCCAGAGAUUGCUAAGACUUCUCUUUUGGUAGGAACAGUUGUUUGCUGGAAUUCCCAUGGAAGAGGAAUGUAAAAGGGGGUGGAGCCUGCUGAAGCAAUCCCUUUUGUGAUGUUGGGAAGGUUUCAAGAUGGAAAGUCGGGAAGGAUCCAGUCAGCUCCACUGAACAGAUGUGCACACAGAGUGAGUCAAGUGGGAAGCAGCACAAGUGGAACUAGAGCUUUUUGUUCACACGGAUGUGCUAGAGGAGGGCAGGAGGGCUCGGCAGCGUCAAGAAGCAUGGUGGCCCCAUGGGUCUGCAGUGCCUUCACAGGAGCACAAGUCCCCAUAGGAGAGCGUCAAUGUGUUUUGCGUCUCUCCCCAAACCUCUUCUGACCUCAGUUGUGAAUUCAGAUGCUAUCAGCAGGGGUGCGCGGGUUUCAACAAGUGAGAAUCUGAGCAUGAAAUUGUGCAGAGAAUUUAGCCCGAGGCAACUAAAACUGCGGCCAGUCACAGUAGAGAGAUGGAAGGAAAGCAGAAAUCACUGAUGGCUUUUGAAAUUACUUCAGUAGUGUUACACUUGGCUUACAUGUGAGAUCAGAAGAUGCCUUACUGUGCACUAGUUCAUAACAAUGGAAGAGUCAGGGUGUUUGUGGUAAGAAUUUGGAAUUGUCCUUGUUUUCAGAACCUGCAGCCAAAUCCUACCUUCCUUAAGCAUACAAACCUCCCAUUCAGAUUAAUGGGGGACUGGGCAUUUAGGGGGCGUAGGAUCAGGCUGUAAAGGGUUUAACUGCAAAGCAGUGGGUGAGCAUCUUGUAUUUUCUGUGCUGAGCUGCACUCUCUUUUCACCUUGUUUUCUCCCAAGAUGGAACAUUUCUCAUUUUUGGCUAACUCCCUGAUUUCUGUGAGAGGUGGCAGUAACUAAGAUGGCCAACUCGCCAGCAGUGUUAAUUAUAGCAUAGUCUUUGCUUCGUGUAUUGCAAAUGCUGAUGGAGAAAUUUUCCUCUUUGAGAUAUUUUUGUAUUGUUUUUUCUCUUCCCAAAUCUUCUAGUUCACC